AUGGCCGGCGUUAUUUGGGCUGACAUGAGGUCAGCUUUCCAGAACUUGAAGACGAAAACCAGGAGGCGCCAUGAACUGAAGCCCGUUAUCAGCAAGCUAUCUUCAAUCUUUGUAAAGCUUGAAUCGUCUUCAUUGGAUCUUCCAUUUGUCGCCGAGACAUGCGUAUAUUUCCGGAAAGAGUUCACGCUACUUUAUAAAACUCUUCUUCUCGAAACGUUACAAUUUGCUUGUGCACUGUUCGACUGCAUACAAUCCCAGAAACAAUCCCAGAAAGUUAUCAAGAACAAGUUUUCCAUAUUACAAUCUUGGGAGCAUGUUCAGAAAUCUAUCCUAUCAGGAAUACUGGACUAUCUCGAAGAAACUCAAGAUUCGGAUCAUGAAAUCAACAAAUCCAUUGCAGAAUAUAUGUUCCCAGUUCUAUGUCGACAUUUUUUUCCUUCUGACCCAAGCCCGAACUAUGAAGAGAUCGAUUUCGAGCUCAAGACCACUGUCUAUAUUAUCCUUUCCGACACCGUGAAGAAUCAUAAAAUCUUGCAGAAAAGGCUUCGUGACCCUAAACUUCUCGGAGGUGCACGUUUUGGCCUGGAGAUAGCAAGGGCCAGAGCUUAUCUUCAUCUGGAAGCACUCUUCGAGCUGUUUGAAAAACUUUUGCCUGAGAACCCGGACGAAUGCAGCCUCUUUGUCGAUAGCGUAUUCAAUCCAGCGCUCUUUUCGCGGCAUCAGGAGCUGAAAGAAAUCAUUGCCUCUCUGAAAAAUCAAACUUGGGAAGACCUUUUUCCAAAAGUAGUGAAAACUUUUGCUCAAAUGAGCGUCAGAUUCCCUCAACCAAUUUCCAUUCUCAAUGCCACACUUUCAAAUAAUUCUCCUUGUCCAUCGGAGACCCUUUUUGUGGACCAACGUGGUUUGACGUACAAUAAAGAUGUGGGCGACGCAAUCGAUACUUGUCAUAUAGUGUAUCAUAACAUCGUCAAGAUUCGAUACUCUCGAUAUUCGCAGCCUUCGAUAUUAACAACUACUUUCAAUUUUGAACUCACUGCUCCUCCUACCGUUGGCAAGGACGUUCCUGAACCUGAAGCCGUUACUUUAACGGUUGAUGUUCCACGACACGAACGUGACGAUUUUCUGAAAGCCCUUGAGGCGAGAGGUCUAGCAUCUCGGUUUGAUCAGACUGAGCGAAAGAUAUCACUUGCAGUUUCAGAUGGCCCAUUGAAUUUCUCAAAUCAGCCUGAAGAUCCGCCACGGUCAUUUCCUGAAAAGAGUCGACAAAUCCUCAAAGAAUUGACACCUUCGGACACGAUAUUGGUCCCGUCCAGCUCCCCGAUCCUUCCCAAGAAUGCACUCACGGCGCAGGCAUUGAAUGUUGAUUUACAAGAACCAACCCAAGGUCCCGGAAAGCCGCCCAAGAAGGGAAGAAAGAUCGUUCAAUCAGACGACGAGCUGGAGGAUGAGCCGUCGCCGAAGAGGAAGCCUAUACCCCUCCAGAACCGUAUCACUGAACAAGCCGUUGUAAAGAGCGAAAAUAAGCUCUCCCCUCACAAUGAAAGUCGUAAGAAGGUGGACCACAGCAGUGGUAAGGAAAACGACCUGUUGACGAAGCGCAAAGAAACACCGAACCUUCAUUCGAAGAAAUCUGGAUUCAAAAGGAAAGCGCCCGAGAUAGACAAAAACACCGAUCAAGCAUUGAAACGCGCGCGCCUAGACCCUGAAUUCAACACAACUUCUUCAGCUAAGACGACGCGUCACGCGAAGCGAUACGGAAGGAGAGAGCGGGGGCGCACAUCUUCACCCCCUCUAGCUCAGGACUCUCCUGAUGACGACUUGGAUUCGAUUCCGAAACCGAUCAUAACAAAAACGACCGCGAAGACUCUUGGUGGUGUCACGAGACCUGGGAUAGUGGCUGCUGCAAUGAAAGGGAGGACUGCAAAGAAGGAUGUGACGGUGCCUACAACAAAGAUGAGACCGAACUCAAAAGGAAAGGCCCCUCAGAAAACGACGACAAGACCCAAGCAUGAAUCGGUCACUGUCGAAGAUGCCAAGCCCACUCGGCGUUCUGCUCGUGUUGCGGGUAAACAAACCAAUGUGGAUGAUCAACAAGCUGAAAGUGUUGACGAGGCGCAGAAUGAAGGACAAUUCCGCAAGGCGUCUGCCAAGAUGAAUAACAGUAAGGAGGAGACAAAGAAUCCUCAAUCUAGACCCAAGGCAAUCCUUAACAAGAAGGCUCCCGUUGAAAAAAUUGAGGCGCAUACGGUACCCAUAUAUACGACGCCGUCGUGUCAAGAGAUUGAGUCUCAUCCACCUGUAGCACCAAAGGCCAAGAAAGACAAGCAGGCUCCCUGGGAGAUGUUUGAUUCCAAUAAACAACAAGAGGAUGAUACGAACUUUUCGCCGACGAACCCCGACUCCGUCUUCGGAGGACUUGAAGAACCUACUUCCGGCAUCGACUUGCCUGUACAAGUUCUACCUUUCGAGGACUUCGAUAGCGGUUAUAUCGAUUUGGAAAUCCCUCUCAAAGUGCCUGGGCCGGAUGAGAGCUCGGAUUCCGAUGAUGGACCCAACCCCGAUUUACAUAGAAGCGCAGAUCCCCUUGGUCCCGAAAUGAUAGAUCUUACUAUGGACUCCCCUUCCCCGAAAACUGCGAACUUGUCUACUACCCCUUCCCAUGAUCAUCAAUCGAGAGCUGCAAACUUACCUACUACCCCUUCACCGUCAAUAACUGAAGGACCAGAGCCACUCAAACCCACAUCAGAAUCAAAGCCUCGUAGAAUCCAUAACCCCCAAAUGACUGAAAAUCCUCGUCAAAUGCCACCCUCUCAUUUCUUAGAACGCGAUACGCCUGUUGCCAAAGAAACCCAAAUCCAUUCUUCUGCUCCUCUCGUUGCUCCUGCUGUACUCACUCCACUUCAAACUUUCAAAGCUAUCGCUCUGCCGCGGCGCACGCAUUUCUCAGAUUCUGAACAAGUACCAUCAAGUCUUCCAAAGCACACAGAUAAAGAUAGUGUUCCUCUUCAUCACGCUCAUUCGAAACGUGGAAACGGGCUUGCUCUCCCCAAGAUCUUCCCUACUGUUGCCUCAUUGCCCCAAACAGCUUUGGAUACGCAAAAAGAUACUCAAUAUUCAACUCCUUUACGCUUUGCUCUGGAGAGAACGCCGCUUGCGCCACCCUCCCUCAAGAAGCGUGUGCAUCAUCAACAGCACGUCGCGUUCUCACCUCGGCCCCAGUUCCCUCUUGAAAUGAACGUUCUUGACGGACGCUGGGAACCGGAGAAACACGAUCACGUCCGCAAACUUCGUGAUGCGGCUAAAAGCAAUGUAGAUUCUGUGGUCGGCUUUGCUCCUCAGAAGCGUCGUACUGACGGGGGACCACUUCGAGACGAGAAAAAUGCUGAGAUUAGUGAUAUUGUUGAGAUACUACACGAUAUUCAAGAGGUAUUGAUCACGAAAAUCUCGAAUCGGUUUGACAGCGUCAAGAAAGAAGUUCGAAUCGGUCGAAACAGCAUCCUUCGCGCCGCCGCCGCCGAUAUUGACAAGAUGCGGGCUGAGAGUGCAGGACAUUUCAACGCCAUGGUGGACCUCGAAGCAGAAUAUGCAUCCUUUCGCCGUUAUGUAGUUCAACAGUUGGAAGAUCUGUGCACCAUCGACAAGGACGUAGUCGGCAGACUCACUGAAAUCGUUCAACAUCAUGAUCGCCAUGGAUUGUCGAAGAAAUUUCCCAAGUCUUUGCCAGCAAUCCCUGCUUGCUUUUUGAACUUGAGUUAG